GGAGGGAGGGGGGGAAUAUACAUUUGUUCUUGAAUCCAUUUUGUAGGAACUGCCCAUGCGUUGUGCAACACAAGAUGGCCAGUGAUUGGCCUUUAUAUCCAUCAAUGGAUCUUCAAGCAGAUCUUUGUAUGUUGGUAUAGGCUUGUCUCUAUCAACCAGGCAAUGCUUUUCUUGUUGUAGAAUCAAAUAAGCUUGACUUGAACCGCGUUCAUACCAGUAUAUCCCAAAUAAAUCAUAGACACAGUUUGUUUUAUCAUCAAUUGCCAUGGAUGGUUUGUCAUAAUUAGAUCUGUGAACAGCAUGUCCUUGUGGUGAUCUUUUUCAACGCACAGACACAUCGUCACUUUAUCCAAUCCUGUAAAAAUAAGAUACAUGCUGUCAUGGAGUGUCGCUUGUUUAGAGUCCGCUUUAAGCCGAAAACGAAACUUCUUUCUUUAUAAAAACACGGCAUGAAGCAACAUCUUCCUACUGAAAUCUACCAGCACAUCUUUCGUGGGGUCCCUCGAUGGCAACUCUACCAGUGCAUGUUUGUCUGCAAAGCAUGGCAUGGGUUAGCGGCACAAAUGUUUUAUGAAGAGAUCCGCCUCUCGAUUGAAAACAUUCGCGCUUUGAAACAAAAGUUGGCUGAUGGCAGUUUUUGUUUACCUUACGGAUCGCAUGUCAAGUCGUUCACGAUCGUGGCAGAAUUCGAUUCAGAGCCAGGCAUAGAUGAUCGAUUGGUUCCCGAAUUAGCACUGGAAGUAGACGAAUUAGAACACUUUUUGGCGUACACGCCUCACCUAAAAAAGGUCGACUUUACUUCAUCGUUUAUUCAAAAUCAUUACAUUCACAUCUUCCACACGUUGGAACAAAAGCCACUCAUUGAAGAGUUUGCCUAUCCUGCAUCCACGUACGAUAGCUAUGAAGGUGACUUUUUUGCAUUGUGUUAUGCCUACCGAGAUUCGUUGAAGGAUGUCUCUUUGACUUACAAUUACCAUAAUCAUAUGUUUCAUAACACACCUUCCUAUUUGGCAUUACCAGAAUUCAAGCACAUGACACACUUGUCCUUCUGUAAUGAUUUUAGUCCUGAUCUACUCUUAUUUGACAUCUUGGAGAUGUGUCCUCAGUUAACCUAUUUCAGUUUUACAAGCUAUACGCUUGUGCCAGGCACAGCAGCCAAUGCACUCGAGACACUGCUCCAGAAAUACAAGAUCACUCAACCCUCGCCCUUACCUCACAAUCGUUACCUCACCUACUUGGAAAUUGCCGUACCUGUCUUCACCAGACCUUACAUGGACUACAUCACACAUUAUACUCCCUUUACACUCAACACCAUACGACUCAAGAUCAUGGAUGAUUAUUUCUACGACUGGAUCCAAAACGAAGGCAUGGACGCCAUUCUUCAACUUGCCAGACGCAUGCGUCAUGCCAAGACAGCACGUAUCUUUAGUUGUCCCAGUGACGAUGUCCAGAAACAACCUAUCCUAGGCCACGCUAAAAUCACUCAGUUUUUUCAGAUUGUGCAUGCUCUUCAAGGGGAUCGCACCCUGUACUGUACUUUUAAUUGCAGCGAGAGUUCGGCUCAGGAAAUUGCGCUUGCUGUCUAUCAUGGUUACCAUCUGUCUUUGAACUAUGGACUGGAUCAACAAGACUUUGAUGGCAUGGAAGAAGAACCACAAGUACCACCUUAUCAUUUGAUCCAAUGGCCAGAUCGAGCCAUUGCAGGCAUUGGGUUUGAGAUUAUCCAUGAAUUCAAGUUGCGUAUUACUCAUAAAGUGCAGGAUGUUCCUAUGGCCUUGAUGGAUUAUGCACUGAAGCAGUGUCCUCACCUGCAUCAUUAUGAAGCUGAUUUUUGGCGGUCAGACUGUAAGAUCGAAUGUCAUUCUGUAUAUCAUGACCAGCCCAAGACACAAGAUAUUCGCUGGAUCAAGAUAAAAGGUGGGUCUGGGAUCACUCAGGCACUCGCUCAUAAGAUAAGCACGUAUCUGCCUCAUAUCACUACAGUGGACUAUCGAUUCGGAGACAGAGGCUUGUUUGAUGCUGAACAAGACAACAAUAAUUAUCAAUACAUUCUGGACUUGAGACCCCUGACUUCAGUGCAGGAGAUUCAUGUUGAUUUUCGAUUGUUGGUCUAUAAAGUCAUCAAUCAUGUCUUUCUCAAAUUGAUAGAGGACACAAGUGAAGUAUACUAUGAAAUCAUCAAACGAAAUCAAGAGACAAUAGCUAUUCCGUCUGAUGAAAACAGAGUCAUUGCAUGCUGUCAUGAUCGUUCUAAGCUUACUUCUCUCACUAUAUUCUAUAAAAAGAGUGGCAUAAAGCAAGUACUGAAGAAUGCAAGUAACACGAUUGUAUUUGAAUAAAGCACUCUUUAUUUUAGCAGUCUAGAUUAGCUAUUCUGAUUGGCUUGAUAAUACCAG